AUGCUGAUUAACUUGGCGAAACUCGGAAAAUAUGACAAUGGACUUUUCACAUUCUUGCCCCAAAGUGCUCCUUGGAUUCUAGUUGUUCCAGCCAUAGAGAGAAGUGAACCAGGCGAAUUUUUGAGAAACAAUGGAAUCGAGAAAAUUUUGGAAGCAAAUGGAGUGCAAUUUGAUCAACAAACUCUUGAUGAUGAUUUUGACGAGUUUAUGACUUUUUAUGAGAAAAUUCGAAGAAUUCCUGUAGACACACAAAGCAUGAAUACAGGUCACAUCACAGAGCAAAUUGAGAGGAAUCAAAUUCCGAGUAUUGAUUUUGAGAAAAUUGUAGAAAAUUUGAUAGAUUCUCAGAAGAAAAAGGCAGUUGAGAUGGUGAAAAAUAAGACUUUAAUUCAUAAAAUUGUUUUUUUUUUUGGGAAAAAUGACAAUCUCGAAACGCUCAUUCAAAAAACGUCAAAACGAGUUCUGGCCAAUUUCCUCAUUAUCAAUUACAUCGAUUUAUUCACUAAGAGUUUGCUCAUAGAUCCAGAUGACGUUGGAAAAUGUGAUGAGAUGGCCACUGAUAAUCUUCCAGAAGCCGGCUUUUCAGUGAUUGUGAAAAAUCAUUUUGAUCGAGAAAAUAUUCAAAUCGUCUCGGAUUUAGUGGAAGAAAUUAAGAUAGUUUUGAAGAAUUGA